AUGGACGCUAUCGUCGAGAAGAGGGAGUACCAUGUCCGAGACCUCCCUACUCGGACCGUGACUCUCUUCCCUGCCAGAGCUCAAGUCAUUCGCGACCUCAACCAACUCCAAUUGAAGCCCGGUACCAACGAGGUCACCAUCAUCGGCCUCACCCCAACCGUCGACGAGUCCACCAUCAAGGUCGAGGGCACCGGUUCCGCAGUCAUCAGCGACAUCGCCAUCGAACUACUCCCCAACCGCGACAUCUUUGAGGAAGUCUACCCGGAUGACGAGUCCGACGUCGACAACGAGUCCGACUUCUACGACGACGACGAUGAGAUCCCAGACUCCCCCGAGCUCGAGUCCGCCCGCGCCAGAUUUCUCGAGCUCGAAGACGAGCAGCGCCAAGCCAACGAGAUUGUCGACAGCGCUGCUACUCGCCUCGGCUUUCUCGAUGCCUACGGAAAGUCUCUCGAAAAGAAGCCGAGCGUGGACCUCGUGGACACCAUGUCCGCCUACCGCACCGAGCGUGAGAAGGUCUUCCAAGACCGGAUCGCCGGCACCAAACGCUCAAGAGAAAUCGCCAAACUCCUCGCUGCAGCAAUCAAGAACAGGAACCGCCUUGAGAAGCUGAAGCGCAAGGAGUCGCGACCUCUCGAGCGUGAGAGGAAGAUGGCUCGGAAGAAGAGGCAAAAGGAGCAAGAAAAGUCCUUGAGGAAGAGACAAGAGGCCUGGAAGGAGAAGGAGCGCAUCCGAAAUGAGCGCGAGCGCUUCUGGCCCAAGGUCUGCUACUCCGUCCGCGUCACCCUCGAAGCGCACGCCUUCACGCCCAUGUCAUCCCGUCGGACGUCUGUCUCCAGCGACACCGCUCAAGUCUUCAACCCCUCCGCGGAAUCGGAGACCGAGACACCCCUCUCCUGCGACCUCUCGCUCACAUAUGUCACUUCCGCCGCCUCCUGGGAACCGAGCUACGACCUCCAGCUCUCCACCACGAACAACACCGCCACCCUCUGCUACGACGCCAGCAUCACCAACGAGACCUCGGAGACGUGGACCAACUGCAAGGUCAUCCUCUCCACCUCCCAAACCACCUUCUCCGGCCUCGAGGAAGAGAUCCCCGAGCUCAAGCCCUGGAAAAUCAUGCUGGCGCCCAAGAUGGGAAGCGGCAUCGGCGGGAAGAACAUACUCAACAGUCGUGAGGAGCGCUUGCAGCGCGAGACAUGGCGCAAGGCCCAGAAGAAGACCGAGAAGCCCGUGGACCGAGAAAAGCUAUUCGGGGUCGAGCGCGGCUAUGCCUUCGCCGGCGCCGCCGCGGUAUGCGAGGAGGCGGAAGAAUCUGACGAAGACAUGGGCUUCUUUCUCAACGACGACAGCAACGAGGACGAAAGCCCACCGAAAGGCACCGAGGAAAUUUUACCCGCGCCCCAUAUGGCAAGGAAAACCAGAGGGAGCAUGGUCGGCAGGCUCGGUUCCGCCGUGGCGUACGGCGUGGCAUCCGCCAGCCGCCGCAAAGAAUCCCCUGGCGGCGGAGGUGGCGGAAUCGGCGAAGAGUACAACUACCCGCUGCAGGACCCAAGAGAGGCCGCGCUGGACUUUGAAGAGUCGACGAUCGAAGAGACGGGCUUCACGACGACAUACGACCUUCCGGGCAAUAAGACCCUACCCCCUCGGCCGACAGCUUCGAAGCAACGCGUCGCACGACUCAACUUCUCCAACGUCGCCUUCAGCCACACCGUCGUCGCCAAGUACAAGCCCGCCGCGUACCUCAAGGCCAAGAUCCGCAACGGAAGCAGGCUCACGCUUCUCAAGGGCGCAGCGGGACUCACCCUCGAUGGGACCUUCAUGGGCCGCACGACGCUACCCCGCUGCAGCGCCGGCGACGCCUUCACGCUCGGCCUGGGCAUUGACCCCGCAAUUAUGGUGACCUACCCCGUAGCCGACGUGCGGCGCGCGACGACGGGAUUCUUCUCGAAGGAGAACAGCUCCGUGUACACGCGCAGCAUCAACAUCGCCAACACGCGCGCCGCGGCGGGUAAGCCCGUCUCGCUUCUGGUGCUCGACCAGCUCCCCGUGUCCGAGGACGAGCGGCUCAAGGUGGACAUUCUGGAUCCAAAGGGGAUGGCCAUCGGCGGUGCUGGCGUUUCAAGCGGACAGCCUGGUCGUAGUGACAAGGAGGACGUCAACUGGGGUAAGGCGGUGUCGAACCUCAAGAAGGAUGGCCAGGUCGAGUGGGAGGUCACUCUCAACGCUGGCAAGGCCGUCAAGCUCGGGUUGGAGUAUGUUGUCGCGAUGCCAUCCGGAGACGCGGCGACAGAGUGUUAG